CGGGUGCUAUCACUUUGAUUUUCCCUUGGUUUGGCGCAUGUUGGCCUACACAGUCGAGUCCACGCUGUCACCAGCACGUGACGGGGCGAUCUUGUUGUGCCGUCAUCGGGUGACGCGCCAGCUUCACGUCGUCAAGCAAGUCGACCGAUCGCAGCACACUUUCGACACGAUUGCCAACGAAGCAAUGGCGUACAAACAGCUGCGCACGUCCACGUGCGACCGUGUGCUCCAGCUCCACGAGGCGUUUUCCGACACCAAGACCAGCUACUUUGUCCUGGAACACUGCGCACAAGGGGACCUCUACGCUGUCUUGAAGGCCAUGCCGACGCAGCACUGCACGCCGCGACUUGCCCGAGCGUACUUUACGCAAAUCACGUCCGGUCUCGCCCACUUGCACGCGGUCGGAAUCGCCCAUCGCGAUGUGUCGCUGGAAAAUAUCUUUGUCGACGCGCACGGGAACCUCAAGAUCGGCGACUUUGGCCUCGCUGUUGCGCUGCCCGCCCAAGCAACCGCCGCCGUCGGCAAGCCUUACUACAUGGCCCCCGAGAUGCACCUCGAGAGUUCGUACGACGCUGCCAAAGUGGACGUGUGGUCGCUCGGCAUUUUGCUCUGGAUGCUGCUCACGGGCGUCCCACUCGUCGAGGCGGCGACCCAUGACGACGACGUCCUCCUGUUUCUCAAGCUGCACGGGGUUCGGGCCCUUGUGUCCGCCUGGGGUCUCACUACGUCCAUUCCCGACGACGCCAUCGCCAUGCUCGAGCACCUUCUUGUCUUCAACGCCACCGAGCGACCAACCAUGGAGAGAGUGAUCAACCAUCCGUACGUCCAGUCGGGUUGCCCCUAAUCCCCACAUCGGUGGACCUUCCGCACCCCUAGCCCUUUAUUUACGACCCCUAUCGCGUCUCUUUCCAACUGUAAACCCUUUACUAGAUAUUACUAGCUAGUUGAUCAAUAUUGCAUCAGCAUCCACAUACUGUAUUGCGUUCAACGUGUCAUCAG